AUGAAUCGCAUAUUUGGUGUGAAGAAAGAGAAGACGCCGGCACCGAGCCUCACGGAAGCGUCAGAAAGAAUCAAUGCGCGAGGCGAUUCGUUGGACGAGAAGAUCCGCAAGCUAGAGGCGGAGCUGGUGCGGUACCGCGACCAGAUCAAGCGUACGCGACCCGGGCCGGCGCAGGAGGCGCUCAAGGCGCGAGCCAUGCGCGUGCUGAAGCAGAAGAAGAUGUUGGAGGGGCAGAGGGACAAUCUGUACAACCAGAGUUUCAACGUGGAGCAAGUGGCGUUCGCGCAAGAGGGCAUCAAGGAUGCGCAGGCCACUGUGGCGGCCAUGAAGGCAGCGAACAAGGAGCUCAAGACGCAGAUGAAGUCCGUCAAGAUCGAGGACAUCGAUAGCAUGCAGGACGACAUGUUUGACUUGAUGGACUACAGCAACGAGAUCCAGCAGGCGCUGGGCCAGUCGUACGGCGUGCCCGAUGACAUUGAUGAGGACGAGCUGCUCGGUGAGCUGGACGCGUUGGAGGCGGACAUGGGCGUGGAUACAGCAGACGCCACGCCCUCGUACCUGCUGCCGGACUCGGAGCCCGAUGCGCUCGAGGCCGAGCCCGACCUCUUCCUGCCCUCCGCUCCCACUGCCAACACCGCCUCUGCUGUGCCGGUGGCGGAGCCUGCUCGCCCUCUUCGCACGUGA